UAGUGUGUUCAUGGAGUCCGCUAGCUGCCGCCCGUCGUCGAUAAAAGAAAGCUGAUUUCUCCCAAAUAACGACGCACUCCCGAUCAGGGUGAAAUGUUCCGCCGGCCCAGGUUCAGCGCUCGGCCCAAUGUCGGCCCGCCGGGUAAAGCGCCUCAGGAAGCUGCCCCGGCGCCUCCGGAGGCCGGGGCCGUGGCCAAAGACGCCGCCGCCGCCGUGACGGACCCCCAGACCCCGUUGGCCUCGGGGGGCGGCGAUGAGCCGCACGGGGACGCUCCCGGCGCCGCGGCGGCGCUCCAGAGGAGGAAGCGGUUCUCCAUGAAGCCCAAAGUGGCCCCGGGCCGCCCCCCCGCCGCCGCCCGAGUGCCCAGAUCACAGGCUGUCCCCGAACCGCCCGCCGCAGCCCCCGACUCCGCCCCCCCGAGGCUCCGGUCCCCGAGGAGAUGGAGGCCCUCGGAGGACGCCGUGCGGCCCGGAGCGAGCCCCGCCCCCACGGGCGGGUCAGAACCUCCGCCGGCGUCGAGUGGCAUCGGCGAGGAGCUGGAAAGCGCGUCGAAAGAAGCUCCGCCCCCCGGACCGCCGGCCGCCGCCGUGCUGCUCUCUCUGCCGGACAGAGAAGCCGUGGCGCUGGCGGAGAAGGCCCGCACGCUGGUGGCGUCACGCCGCGCCGCCACGCCGCCGCCGCCGCCGCCGGCGUUCUCCUUGAGCCGCCUCCUCAACGACCCGUCGGACCUGCAGAGGAUCGCCAAGGCCCAGAAGCUCAGGGAGCUGCUCAAGCGGGAGAAGCAUAAAGAGAAGAGACUGAAGAAGGGAAACCCGCGCGCUCAGGAAUUUAACCUGGAUCCGGCCAAAAUGACCAUGAGUGACCUCAUCCGCUACCUGCCGCUGUCCAACCCCAUGACAUCGAGUUUGGAAGAAUCGGCUCAAGAGAACGAGACGGCGGCGUCUCCGAGAAGAGAAGCGUCACCAGAGAGGGCGCCAACACCUGUGGUCCUCCCUAAAAUAGGAAGCCCCAGGGAGGAGGAGGAGGAAGAGGAAGAGGAGGAAGACAGCUCGAUGGUUCCUCAGGUCAAAGUGGCCGAGGACGGCACGCUGAUCAUCGAUGAGGAGAGCCUGACGGUGGAAGUCCUGCGAGCCAAAGGCCCGAAUCCGGCUCAGGACCGAGACCCCAUAUUCGAGCGUGGAUCCACGACGACGUACUCCAGCUUCAGGAAGGGGACCUACACGAAGCCCUGGUCCAACGAAGAGACGGACAUGUUCUUCCUGGCCAUCAGCAUGGUGGGCACCGACUUCUCCAUGAUCUGUCAACUGUUCUCUCUCCGAACGCGGAGAGAGAUCAAGAACAAAUUUAAAAAAGAAGAGCGAGAAAACUCCUGGAGAGUCGACAAAGCUUUCCAAGAACGGCGCAAACUGGACAUAGAAUACUUUUCCAAGUUGCUGGAGAAGAUUCUGGAAGUCCACAAAAACAGGAAGAAGCUCCGGUCCCUCGCCGCGAGGAUCGCCUCCAUGACGGAGAGAAGGGCGAAGGCCGGCAAGAAAGCUGCACGGAAGCCGAGCGCCGCGGCGAAGGAGGAGGACGGGAAAGAGGAGAAGGAAAUCGCCGACUUGGAGGAGGAGGGAGAGAAAGAGAACGAGGACCUGUGUAACGAAGGAGCCGCCGCCGCGAAGCCCAAGAAGAAGAAACGCAAAAGAAAGAACGGAGACGGCGCGGCGGCAGAGGAACCCGACGACAAGAGGACCAAGACGGCCGGAAAGAGCAAGAAAAAAGAUGAGGCCGACGUUCCCGGAGACGCCGAGGCGGCGCUUCCUGGAGACGGCCCGACGCCAGACGUGUCUGACAGGACGGAGGGCGCCAAUGAAGAAGUCAAAAUCAAGCCGGCUAAACUCUCCCGAGCCAAAGGCCCAAAACCCCUCCUGCCUCUGGGCAGGAAGUGGGCUAAGAAGCCGCCGCCGGCCGCCACGAGGACCAACGACACGCCGGAGCAGAGCGCCGUCGCCGGAGAGGCCGAAGACCAGGUCAAUCGGGACGCGUCGCCUGUGAGGCAAGCCCAGGGGAAGAAGUCGCCCACGGAGGACUCUGAAGAAGAAGAGGAGGAGACCGCCCUUCAGCCUCAGAAGCCGACCAGGUCUGGCAGAGUGCCGAAGCCGGUCCAGCUCUUGAACUACCCGGCCAGAGAGGCGUCCCCUGAAGGGUCCCCUGGCUCCGCCUCCAGGCCGAAAGCCAAAUGCACGGCCAAGAGGGGAAGGCCAGCGAAGCCGCCGUUGGCCCAGGAGUCUAAAAAACCCAAACUGGUCACCCUCAGGGCGUCUCGGUCGGAGUACAGCGACGAGGAGGAUGAAGAGCAGCGAGGAGGAGGAGAAGAUGUGGAGGAGGAGGAGCACCCGGCGUGGGGCUCCAGUAACGACGGCACGGCCCCCGUGUUUGUGCCGGUCAGCCUGCGCUCACCGCGACCCGUGAUCCCAGAAGUGGAGGAGAUGAUGGAGGAGCUUGAUAUCUUGGCCAAUAUCCCCGAUGUGUUGGGCAUCUCCCAGGAUGCACUGCUCCCCGAUGCCACAGCCGAGCCCUGUGAACAUCAGUUGGAUCUGCUGGUUGACGUGAUCGACCUCCUCUCCUCCGACCCUGUGGAAGUGUCUGAGAACGAGGCCGCUCACACGCUGCUGACCAUCGGCUCCCUGGGCCACGCCCCCCCGUCGGCCCGGAGCCCACGAGACGCGCCGGGCGCCGCGGGUCAGACGCCGGGCGCCGCCUCCUCCCCCGCCGAGCGGCUGCAUUCUAAACGGAUGAUUUCAAUGUUUCUCCUUGCAGGAACGACGCCGGCCGAUGAGAAUGAAACCGUCCCGCCAGACGAGAUCGCCUCGCCUCCUGACCGCGCAGCGACGGAAACGCCGGAGGCCGUUCCCGACGCCGUCGUCUCCCUCGUGGAAUCCAUGGAGCCCGAGGAGAGCCGCGCAGACGGAACCCCUGAGGGAGCAGAGAGCGGUGACGGCGAGCCCACAGGAGAGACGGGCGAGGAGGAGGAGGAGGAGGAGGAGGCGCCGGCGGCCAGGAGUCUGGGUUCUGAAGCCCCAGAGAGAGACUCCGACCCGCCGCCAGAACCCCGAGUCCACCAGGACACCAGAGAGGCUCCUCCCCCACGGCGGCGUCCGGAUGCUUCUGCUCCGAUCCCCCCGGCGGCCGGCGGGACGACAGAGACCGGCGGUCGGGUGGAACCGGGUCGGCGUGUUCUGGAAGCCCAGGUCACACCCGGCAGGGAGCGAGCCGCACGAGGGCCGGCGUCCUGCUCGGGGGGGAGGCUGACCUCCGACCCCGGGGUCACAGAGUCCCUCCCAGGCGGUCCGGAGGCGGGCCCGGCCCCCGGCGGCGGCGUGUUCUCCCCCAGACGCCGGGUCCAGAAAGUCAAACCCAAACCCAACCUGCCGCAGACGUCGAGAUCGGCGAGGUCCAAACCGGCGCCGCGGCGUACGGAGUCGCCCUGCAGCCGGACCUCGAGGGCCCGGCCCGCCUGCAGCGCCGCCCCUCCGAGUCCAAUUGAAAGUACCGGCGCUGCUUCGGGGUCGGAACCGCCGGCAGAGGAUCGGUCCGCGGCCGUCGGACCGGACUCAAAGGUCUCAGAACCGGUUCCCCCAAGGAGGCAACGUCUGGGAUCCCCUGAAGCUGCAGCGCUGCAGACGAACGUCGUCAGCAAAGAACCAGAACCAGAACCACAGGAACCUGCCGAGUCCGAGGUGGCGUCACGAGAGAUGACCCCCCCCCCCGCUGACCUCGCCAUCUUGAAGUAUUGGGGCGCCUCUGAUUGGCCUCUGAAUACCGACGUGGUUCUGGAAGAUGUGAGCGCUACGAACACGACCGGUACCGAUCAGGUGGAGGCUGGACCCGCCUCCCAAUGGCUCCGAGACCCGUCCGCGGGCGCCACCGGGUCCAGCGCCCGGCCGACGGCCGGUCCGAGUGCGGCGCCGGAUGUCACCGCCGGUUCUAGAGAAAGGACCCGGUCGUCUCUUCUAGAGGCUGCGUGUGAGGCGCCGGGUCCAGAUGCAGCCCAGCAAGGUUCUGACAGCAGUCAGAACCAGAGCGACCCGUCAGAACCGGCCGACCCGUCAGAACCGACCGACUCGCCCUCCAGAAAAGCUCCGCAGGCUCGCCGCGGCCGGCUCGUCCGACCCAAACCCCGCCUGGUCCUCAGCAGCCGGGCCCAGCGGGCAGAACCAGCUGGCGCCGCUCGCUCAGAAGCUGCGGUGGUGUCGGGUCGACCCGACAUCCCCGACCCACCAGAGGGCGCCACUUCACAACGUAGAGACCCGUCUUCAGCGAGCGCAGGAGGCGCCCGGACGCUCCCUGACGACGAGCCGUUCUUCAUCCUCUCUCUGACGGAGAUCCCCAGCUGCUCGCCCAGCCGGCCAGAACUCCUCCCCCGUCCUCCUGGACCCGCCGCGUCACGUCAGAGUCCCGGAGGAGAAGCUCCUCCUCCUCCUGCGGAGGGGAGCGGCGAGUCGGACCCGGUCCGGGUCCCUGAGCCGGCUGCGUGUUCGACACAACCGGGUCGGCUGCUGGAGAACCGCGAGGAGCCUCCAGCGCGUCGCUCCAACGAGACGGAGCCGGCGAGACGAGGACCGCCCCUCGUCCUCUCUCUGACGGAGAGCCCCGGCGGGCCAGAACCCCUCGGCCCCGGUCAGAGCAGCGCUCCUCCUCCUCCUCCUCCCGUGGAGGAGAGCGGCGAGUCGGACCCGGUCUGGGUCCCUGAGCCGGCUGCGUGUUCGACUCCACCGGGUCGGCUGCAGAACCGCGAGGAGCGGCGAGGUGGAGCGGCCCGUCUCUCCUCCGCCAACGAGCCCGAGACCACGAAGAGGAGGCGGGCCGGCACGACCCUCGUUGCCGUGGGAACGGGGUCGAUCCCCAUCCCAACGCAGCCCGAGGCCAGCGGCCCGGGAGCACGAGCCGCCCAGGCCCGGGCGACCCGGAGCCAGAACCGGAAGCCCAAAGGCGCCGCCUCCAAGGGCCCGGAGGCCAGAACCACAUGCGCCGCCGCCCCCAAGGGCCCGGAGGCCAGAACCACACGGGCCGCCGCCCCCAAGGGCCCGGAGGUCAGAACCACACGGGCCGCCGCCCCCAAGGGCCCGGAGGCCAGAACCACACGGGCCGCCGCAGGGCGACUGACCCCAACGGCGACCUCGACCCCAACGCCACGCGCUCCCAACACCCCGCGACCGGCCGAGGCUCCGGCUUCUCAGAGAAGUGACUCCAGAGAGGAGGAGGAUACCUCUAGAAGGGAGGAGCCUGCCUCCAGAGAGGAGGAGCCUACCAAUGUGUCCCAAUACUUCUUAUGUGACAUCUUUACAGAAGUGGAGGAGGGAUGACGGCUGUGGGGAGGUGGUGUUCUUGAUUAAGUUAUGUCUGUCUGGAGGUUAAUUCAUGACCAAAAGAUUCCUUUGUUGUUAUUUGUAAUUUAAGUGAAGCUACAUUUCUAUACUUUCGCAAGCACUUUGAAUAUAUUCAGUCGUUUCAAUUUACUGGAAUUUUUUUUAUAAACACACCAUGUAAACAUUAAUAACCCAAACACUCGGAGGCGGGGGAAGCAUUUCCACGAUUUUAUUCGUUAUGGUUCAAUCCUCAGAUUCCCAUUUGGUUAUUAUAGCUGUGAAAAUGUAAAUAUUGUAAAAUAUCAAAUAGGGUUUUUUGGAUAUUUUUUUUUUUUUUCAGGAUCUGUCCCGUGUUCAUACGGCAGCAUCAGCCUCAGGAAAACAACCAUGUGACCGCAGCACUCGAUCUGAAACCAGGAAAACGGUCUUUAAGGACAUCUGUGAAUACUGCAUGAUUAAUAUCUGAAUGCAUCAAGUCAAACUCCUUCAGGAAAGACCAGCUAGCUUUCAUUGAGUCACGUACAUAGUGCCGUUCAGUGUUUAUUAUAAUGUUUGAUACUUGAAACAAACUGUUCUCUUCUUAAAUGUUCCACCAGUUUAUUAUAACAUGGAAGUCUGUAAGAUCAGAAUAAAAUGAAUUCUUCCACCAA